AUGGCUGACUUCGUGCUAGAAUAUUCCCGAAGACCCAGCCAACACCACGAAUCAAAUAAACAAGAAUGGUGGACUUUGCGAGUUGACGGAGCCUCACACUCAUCAGGCUCUGGAGUUGGGCUCCUACUACAGUCCCCAAUUGGGGAACAUUUGGAGCAAGCCAUCUGGCUGGGAUUCUCUGCCUCUAACAAUGAAGCAGAAUAUGAGGCCAUCUUGUCCGAAUUGGACCUCGCCCUUACUCUAUCCGUCUCCAAACUCCGGAUAUACAGCGACUCACAACUCGUGGUAAGGCAUGUCCAGAAGGAGUAUGAGGCUAAAAACGCACGCAUGGCGCGAUACUUAGCUAAAGUAAGGAACACUUUGCAGCAAUUCACCGAAUGGACAAUAGAAAAAAUUAAGCGAACUGACAAUAGGCGCGUUGACGCCUUGGCCGGUAUAGCUGCUUCCUUCCCCAUCAAAGAAGCUAUUCUAUUACCUAUACAUGUGCAAACCAAUCCCUCUGUCGUAGAGGUUUCCACCUGCAACACCAUUGAGGCAAACCAAGCGGACGAUCAAGAAUGGACGUACAACAUUGCAGAAUAUCUCCGGACAGGCACUCUACCCGGGGAUCCCAAACAGGCACACAAAAUCCGGCUGAGUUACACGAGGGAGUAUGCGGGAAUCAUUCAGGAGGACGAUCUCUAG